AUGGCGUCUACAGUUUACCAAGUCGGUGACUCUGCUGGUUGGACAAGCAUGGGUGGCGUUGAUUACCAGGAUUGGGCUGCCGAUAAGAACUUCCACGCCGGCGAUACUCUUGUUUUCAAUUAUAACAUCCAGUUCCACAACGUGAAGCAAGUCACGUCACAAGAUUUCGAGACAUGCAAUGCAACAUCCCCUAUAGCCACUUACACUAGCGGCUCCGAUGCAAUCAAUAUUCUUGAAAGGCUUGGCCACGUCUACUUCAUAUGUGGUUUUCCUGGUCACUGCCAAGCAGGACAGGAGAUCGAUAUCUUGGUCUCCCCAAUAACUUCUGGUCCGAGUCCAGCUCAUUGGCCCUUAAGCUCGCGUAGCAGUGCUUCAUCUGAUCUUUAUUUUAAUAAACUGUAUUGGACCUUGGGUGUGCUGGCGCUCUGUCUCUCACAGCUUGCUUAUUAG